GUGGCUUUUAUGGUUCAUUGGCUGGAGAAGAUGAUAGGGCUUGUGAUGGAUUUGAAAUGUCUGUGGUUCUGGGAGAUAUAUAUAGCAGUUUGGGUCGCUGCAGAUUUCUUGAUACUUGGCGUGGCCAGCUUUGGUAUUGUCGAUCUUGUAGAGAAAGUGCUUUUGUAGCGAAGCUUUGGUAUCAGAGCAGGUCAUAAUGGCGGAUCUUGAGAAGGUGGGGUCGAAGUCUGAGAGGAAAAUCAACACCACCGCAGAUGUUGAGCAGUCUUCAUUCGUGACAGUUGAUCCUGCUGCCGAGAAAUCUUAUGUCCGAAAGCUAGAUUUUAGAUUGCUCCCCUUCCUGUCGUUGAUGUACUUUUGCAAUUCCUUGGAUCGCGGAAAUAUCAGCAACGCCGAAACAGAUGGACUGUCCAAGGACCUGCACUUUGUUGGACAGGAAUACUCCUUGCUUCUGUUGCUGUUCUAUAUUCCGAAUGGUUUCUUGGAUCUUCCAUUGAAUCUACUCACGAAGCGCUUCUCUGGUAAAUGGGUCUUGUCGAGUUUGUGUUUGGCUUGGGGUGUGAUAGCCACGUUGCAAGCUGUGGCGAAGAACUUUGCUGGGAUGUUGGUCUUAAGAUUGAUCAUUGGCUCACUCGAAGCGGGGUUCUUUGCUGGGACGGUCUUCUAUCUCAGUCUUUUCUACACCAGAAAUGAACUUGCCUUCAGAAUUGCCUUGUACUUUGGGUCAGCUAUCGUGGCUGCUGCCUUCAGUGGGCUUUUGGCUUUCGGUGUUUUCCAGAUCAAGUCCUCGCUAUUCGGCUGGCAGUAUCUAUUUAUCAUCGAAGGAAAUCUCACCAUUCUCGUCGGACUCUUCGCAUUCUAUUGGCUUCCAGCAACUCCAUCUCAAUGUCGCUGGUUCACAGAGGAACAACACGUGGCUGCCCGUGUGAGAAUGCUCAGAGACGGAUCUAAAAAUGUUGACGAGAAGUUCAAUCUCCGAGAAGCAAUGGGAGCCUUCAAGGGAUGGAAGAUGGGUCUCUACGCCAUCAUCUCCUUCACCUACGCUAUGGGUUACACGACAACUUCGACAUUCUUGCCUCAGAUUGUCGGUCGACUCGGAUUUGAUACUGUCAAGACCAAUCUGUGGACCGUGGCCCCGAACUGUGUUGGCGUCGUGAUUCUGCUGUGUGUGACGAAAAGCAGUGAUUACUUCCGAGAACGCACAUUCCAUCUUGUCUUCGCCAUGUCAUUGACAUUGGUGGGCUUGAUUAUCUUGGCGAGUAUCGAUGUCUUGGCCCACAAAGCAGUGGCAUACUUCGCGAUGUUCUUGAUGGCUGGAGGAGCUUACAUCCCUUCCUGCAUCGUCCACACGUGGCACAAUUCUAAUUCUCUUGGUGAGAAUCAACGCGCUGCAGUCACGGGUGUAUUCGUAGGUCUCGGUAACCUUUCAGGAAUUGUCUCAAGUGCAACCUUUCGCACGACAUAUGCUCCCAAGUACCUGCCAACACUAAUUGCUACCGCAAUAUCAUUGGGUAUCUGUAUUUGCUGCACUUUGAUUCUUGGUCUGUGGAUGAAAGCAGAUAACAGGAGAAGAAAUAAAGAGCAGGGUGUGAAACUGGGACCCGGAGACGUGGACACUGAAGGUCUGACGGAAGGAGAAAAGAGUCGGGAGUGGCGAUGGAGUGCAUGAGUGAAAUUUAGGCUUCAACGGCUGUUACAGAAAUAAGGUGAAUGUGAG